AUGGCGAAGCACUUGUACGAAGUAUUGCACCGUGGGAAGAUAAGGUAUGGCAAUUUCCGUGUUCCCUUGAAUGGAGAUACGUCUCGACUUCAUUUGGCUGAGGGGCUGACUAAGGCGGAGAGACAGCUUGCUCGACGUGCGAACUUUGUCGCUGAGCACUUCGCAGGAACGCAGCAAUGCCGGCAGCUGAUGGGGCACAGGCACUUCGGUGCGCGGCUCCAAUAUGGAGAUUGUUUUUUUUUUACUUUGUCUCCCAAUGAGAAGCAUUCCGCGUGGGUGUUGCGCCUGACCCGCACAAGGGUGAAUGAUCCAGCGAUCAGGUGCAGCGAUCCUGUGUGGCGCAGGCUUUGCGGGGUGGAUUAUCCCGAGCUAUUCUCGAAGCGCGCGUCUGACCAGCCAGAUGGUGAUGCAGUAAAGACCGCGUGUUCUGGCAGAGAGGAGGCGGCCAUUUUGCGGGACCAUACGGAGCCCAACGAGAGCGUGUGCAUAGACGUGCCGGGCUUUGACCUUCGGCAGGACGUCGCUCGGAUCGUGCAGGAGGGUUUGCAGCAUGCGAAUGGACGCACGACGCUGGAUGCAAUGAAAGAGUAUCGGGACUGGGUGCAUGUCGAGCGGGUGUUGCAUCCUGACGGCGGUCAGAUUGAGCGCGACAAGGUAGAGCAGGAUUUCUUCGACGGCUUCCGAGAUGAGGCGCAUGCUCCGCUAAAUCAGAUACCGGUCUUUCUGAAGGAGGACUCUGAGAAGGUGGACGGCCCGACGCUGGCUACCUGUUAUGGGGAUGUCUCUGCCAUGGAGCGGUUGCGGGCUGAGGGGGAAGCCUUCGCGGACGCCUACACCAGGGAUGCGGAGUUCGCGUUCGCCCGCGUCCAGCACCGCACACACCGGAGACAAAAGGAUGGCACGUAUGUGCCAUUGAAUGCUUGCGCGCGGAAAGGAUGUGGCGGGAAGAAGAGAGGAGGGGUGGCCAAGACGUCGUUGUGCAAGCACGACUUUCCCAAAAUGGCGCUGCUGGCCUCGAAGACUAUGUUGGUGUGCCCCGGCGUAGCGAAGCAGCGAGGACUACGAGUGUCGGGCAAGAGGAACUCUUUUGGAUUGUGGAUCGGCGCCAGGACAGACGAAUGGCGAAGUGGGACGACUCCAGCGUUUGCGGUACACUUCCGGUCGAAUUCCCACACGGGCCCCAACCAGAGGGUGCCUCCCAUUCCAGGAGCGCACGAGGAGAGUUGCCCAAGCAAGAAGUGUCAAGAGGCUGCGGCGAAGUAUGGGACUGCUGCCAAACUGAAAAGUAUUCUUCGGUUGAUGCAACGUGCGCAGCGAGAAGUUACUGGUUACUAUUGCGGCUACACGUUCAAGGGCCAGACUAUAGGGAAGAAACACAUGGCACGCGCGUCUACGGCGUUAGACUACCUGACCCCAGAGCUCUCCGCGAAGACGGUCACGCAGCGCAUGCACCAAAUCACCAAUCGUGUCUUGACUGACUUGCACCAUCGGUGCGCCGCGAGGCCCGCGACUGAGGAGUGGAAUCUAGCGAUGUUCUGGCAUGAGCAAGACGUCACUAACGCUGAGUUCCACAGGACUUUUAUGUCAGUGACAUUUCCAGGCGGGCAGUUAGUGCAGCGGCUGGAGGAUGAAGUGCAGGGUCGAACGGCGAGGGAGUCUAGGAAGGUGCUGCCGAAGAACAAGAAGAUCAGCGAUGAAGAACACGUGGCGAGGACGAUGGUGAAGCAUUUCGCGGACUUGUAUGGGUUCCGUGGGUUUUUGCCGAAGUAUGCAGAGGUGUAUUAUUUGAAUGCUUGGGAAUUUGCGGCGCUGUGGGAAGUGCGGCCAUUGCCGGCGCCGACGUCUACUGGGAGCAAGGGUGCGCCUCCGUUAUCUUGUGGGACCCCAGAGGAUUUCAGCGUGAAUCCAGAUGCAGAGAAGUUCUACGCUGAUUCGGGGAACAUAUUGUUUUACCCCGACAGCACUGGGGAUUUACGGCAUUCUUGGUACAUGCAGCGUCGGCGGAGUCCCAUAGUGCCCGCCCCGAGCGGAACUCCCUUGCCUGACAAGUACAGGUCGCCGGAGGUGCAGGGGAAGUUGUACUCUUUGUACAUGAGGCCGUGGGUACUGAAGAAAGAGUGGGCCACAGUGCAAGUGCCCCAUGUUGCAGAUCUUGAUGUUGUGCCGGCGGGUGCGAGAGCGGAGCCCCGCAGAACUCGGUUGGUAUCAAAGCGUCCGAAGGAUAUGGGACAAAGGAGCUACGAGCAGUCGUGGCGGUGGUAUGUGUGUGGGCACGUAGUAUCGCGGCACGCCCAACGGCUGAUUCAGCAGUUCAUGGCGGCGUGUUGCGGCAAAAGCAGUUCGACAGACGAUCGAGACAGCGAGGGCGCUGCGCGUCGUCCAGACGCCCCGGCGAACGAGGUUGCGCUGGCGCAGUUGCACAAGCUCUUGGAUAGCCUGGGGGAUACGAGGUCAAACUCGCGGGCAGAUGCGGUAGAGAGCUCCGACGAUGACGUCAUGGCUGUACGUCAGAAGAAGAAGACAGAUGUCAUGCAGACCGCCUUCAACACGACGUGGUCUCUGUGGAAACGCGAUGCAUCCCCAUGGAGCGCGACUGAGGCGGGCAAGAAGCACUCCGUCGUGAACUUCCCAGUGGGCGGGAGCGGAGGGGGCAGCAAGAAGCGGAAGGUGGAGCACGGGGGGGCCGUGGUGGAGCAGGGUGCUGCGUACGUCGGUUUGGAGAAGCGCUCGGUAGACGCGUGGUGGAGAAAGAUUGAAGCGGGGAAGAAAACGCCCAACAAAGAGCAGAAAGAAUUCUUGCAAGCAGUCGUGGGCCGAUGCCAGGUAGAGGCGUCCGAAUUGUCGGCCGCGCGGUGCGGGGCGGGCCGGGCGGCAAAGGCGCCCAUGUUGACGGAGCCGGCUCGUCUCAUGCUGCUUGGGAUUCCUGGUUCGGGGAAGUCGUAUUGCUUCCACUUGCUCCGAGACUUUUUCCAAGAAUGCUUGCAGUGGACUCACGGGGUGCACUUUCAGUUUCUGGCCACUCAGAACUCGAUGGCGGAGUUGAUAGGCGGGAAUACCAUCCACAGCUGGGCGGGUAUAUCCUUUGGAGUGGGCGGAAGUGGCGGGAAGGCGACCUCGAAGGAUGGCGAUUGGGGCGCGUUGUUCGAGAAUUGCAUCAGCAUGCGUUGGCUUCUUAUCGACGAGAUGAGCACAGUGUCUGUGGGUUUGCUCGCUACUAUGGAGUCUUUUUUGCGGCAGAAGGCGUGUGUGCAGCACCCGUGCGCUUUCAGAAAUGCCCAUAAGAAGCAGCGUCCGCGGCCAUUUGGAGGAUUGAACAUCGUGUUCGGGGGUGAUCUGUGGCAGCUUCCCCCGGUUAAAGAGUUGGCUCUGUUCUCGCAUCCUGUGUCGAAGAAGGACGGUGACAGGUACGAGGCGGGGGAGCAGAGGGUGUUGGCGAUGUUCUGGAACUGCAGAGGGAGAAGCCAGGAGGAUGGCGUGCAGCGAUUGUUCGAGUUGCACGCGGCGAACAGGAGCAAGGACCCGUGGUUGAACAGCGUGCUGACUGCAGAUAGGGGCGGCUCUGAGACCUGGGAGAUGUACUGCUUCACGCACGGCCUGGCGACUGAGAACCCAGGGUCGUGGCUUCCUGAUCGCGGUGGCCGUGUCGCUUGCCAGCGGCCGUUCUGCGCCGGGUACAGAGAGGGGGACUUCGCAGACGCUCCUUUCAUACACCCGUUUCGAAGUCCGACCAACUAUGCACAGCAGUUGCGGGCCUUGCAGUUUGCGAGGUCGAGAAGGAAUCGCGUGCUGUGGGUGGUCGCCCAUGACGAGCUGAAGAGCUGCGGUGACGACCCGAAGCGGGCGAGGCAGGAAGAGAAGGAGAAGUGGUUACAGUUUUCAGACAAAAGAACCGCUGGCAUUCCCGGCUUGUUCCCGUGUGUCCUGAACUUGCCUGUGCGGUUCACGGCGGAACCCGAGCCUGGCGAUCGACACAAGGGGGUUUUUACCAACGCGCGCGGACAUCUGAGGGGAUGGGAGUUGCCGCCGGAGGAGGAGCAGCGGCUGGCGGGCAUCGACGCAGCAGAGGUAGCGUUGCAUCGAAGGCCGCUGCGGUUGUGCAUUGAGAUGGCGCGCGGUGGCGGAUUGGAUUGGCACGAGAAGCCGAAUAGGGAAGGCACCGUCCGAGGGUACAUUGUGAAGUCGCGAGUGCAGAAGUGCGAGCAGCUUUUAUUGGCGAAACCGUAUAAUCCGAUGUUGUUCAGGAUGGGGGCGCCGAGAGGGCCGCACUAUCUGCUAGAAGUGUUGCGCGGGAACGUGACCCGCGCGGAAGCCGUGCGUGAGUGGGACGCUGCAGAGAGGAAGGACAAAGAGCAGAAGGACCAGGACGGCGGCCAGACCACGCGAUGGAGCCAUAUCAAAUUGCCGUGUUGGCGGUGCAGCAGCGAGCGGGGCGAAUUGCCACUUACUAUGUUUACCAGCGCGUGGCGAGUCUCAGACGUGUGGAGUCGCACCAUCGCGAAAGGUCAGGAUCUGAUGUGUCUGAAGUGCUCUCGUGACAUGGGCGCUGGGACGCAGCGAGCAGUGCGGAUUAUGACGUGCGACGGGUGCUGCGUAGCGAAGUUGCCACGCAUGUUCAGCAGGGAUAUGGUGGAGAGGUGGAAGGGGAUGGAGGACGUGGGUGAGAUCUUGUGCAAGCAGUGCACGGGAGAGCGGAGUAAGACAGGGAGAGUGGCGCAGUCUUUAGAGAGGUACGCCUGUUGUGGAAUUGGGUGUUCGAGUGACUCUGGGCAGAAAGUGUGGCCGGAGGAAUACUUCGUGGCAGCCCAUUUAGUGCGCGACGCGGAAAGACAGCAGACCAGCGUGUGCGCGAAAUGCGUAGUGUUGGAGCGCCGGGACCAGGGCGCCCGGUUUGCGUGCAACAAGUGCGGGGUGGAGAAACACAUCACGGAGUACUCGCAGGUGUUCUGCAAACAAUAUCUGAUGGGGGAGCGGCGGGAGCUGAAUUAUAGAUGUUUGGAGUGCCAGUUUCCGAAAUGCGAUCGGUGCGAGGCGCGCCCGGAGAAGCCCGUCUCAGCGAACCACGUAGACUCAAAAGGUAAGUGGUUGUGCCGUGUGCACCGGUACCCGCCGUGCAGCGGAUGUGGAAAAGCGAAGACGGACGAGAUGAUCGCUGGGAAGAACAGGCUUAAGCAGUGGAGGUGCGAGGAGUGUCAGAAUAGCGGCAGUGUCUGCGAUGCGACCACUGGACGGCAGGACGACGUCGGAGAUGUGCGCAAGGACGUGGACCAUGACGUGCAGACAGUGCACGGGUACGCCUGUUGUGGAAUUGGGUGUUCGAGUGACUCUGGGCAGAAAGUGUGGCCGGAGGAAUACUUCGUGGCAGCCCAUUUAGUGCGCGACGCGGAAAGACAGCAGACCAGCGUGUGCGCGAAAUGCGUAGUGUUGGAGCGCCGGGACCAGGGCGCCCGGUUUGCGUGCAACAAGUGCGGGGUGGAGAAACACAUCACGGAGUACUCGCAGGUGUUCUGCAAACAAUAUCUGAUGGGGGAGCGGCGGGAGCUGAAUUAUAGAUGUUUGGAGUGCCAGUUUCCGAAAUGCGAUCGGUGCGAGGCGCGCCCGGAGAAGCCCGUCUCAGCGAACCACGUAGACUCAAAAGGUAAGUGGUUGUGCCGUGUGCACCGGUACCCGCCGUGCAGCGGAUGUGGAAAAGCGAAGACGGACGAGAUGAUCGCUGGGAAGAACAGGCUUAAGCAGUGGAGGUGCGAGGAGUGUCAGAAUAGCGGCAGUGUCUGCGAUGCGACCACUGGACGGCAGGACGACGUCGGAGAUGUGCGCAAGGACGUGGACCAUGACGUGCAGACGAGAGAGGAUACAGAGGCCGAUGGUGGCCCUGGAAAGGUGGAGAGGCGCGUGCAGUGCGCGGAGUGCCACAGGUGGAAGGAGAAGGGGGACUUCAGGUAUACAAUGGGCUGCGCCCUUGCCGCCGGACGCGUUGCGCGCAAUAGCCUCGUUCGGGCUCCCGGAGUGGUGAAGCUUCGUCAGGGCUGGCUCGUGGGUCCUGGAGACGUCAUGGGUGUCGUUCAGGAUGUUCUUUUCACGCGGCGUAUGCGCCUGGAGGUAGCUAGCGCUCAGGUGACCCUGGCGCCAGGGCAGCAGAUGAUGGUGCAUGCCUCCAUCAAGGUGGCAAGCACCGAGACAGGUGGUUGCCCCCCCGUCGAGGAGCGCCGCUGCGGCGCCGAGGUCGCCUCGCGGCGCGAGCAGGAUCUCCCCGCGGUCGGGGCCGCCGCGGCGGACGUCGGUGGCCUCCAGCAGGGGAGGUGCGACACCGCGGUGCUGCUGUCCAGCGAGAAGGUGUCCUUGGGCGUCGGCCUCGACGGCGUCGAAGUCACGAGCUGGGUGAACCAAGUGAGCAACGUUGGCAUGGGCGACCUGAGCCAGGGCGCCACGACCAACUCGUGGCUGAACACGGCGAUCUUCAUCCAGGCCAUGGACAUCCUGCUCUCGGAUUCGCAGGGGAGGAUCCUGAACCACGACUUCACCGCUAAGGUGGAUCCCGACGCCGUGUUCUUCCCAGAUAGGCUCAUAUCGCACGUCCAGCCCCACGUCGGCAGGCCGGUGAUGUUCUUGAACUGCUGGCGGGAAGGAAAAGCACUCCUCUACGGCGCUUUGGAGGUCUUCUCGAAGGAGGCGCUGAAGAUCUACAAAGAUAACACUGGUAACUGUAAGGACGGCAUGGACUGGCACGGCUGGGGCGAGGAUAACUAUUUCCAGAAUUGCAUGCCAACCCUGGGCAUCGAGAUGAUCAACGACUUCGAGCUCGUGGGGGACAACCGUUGCAUGGCCGCCCCUUGCGCAAAUCCGAACAGGCCCGCGUUCCACCCCUACAAGGCCUGGUCCGCGGCCGAGUGGGCGCAAGAGCGCUGGGGGAUCCGCCAGUCGCAGGCGGUGGAAGUCCAGCCAAGUUCGGAGGAUGGGGAAGGCACUGAAGCCGUCAGCGCCGCUCCAGCUAGAAGGGCCGCGGCAGCCACCAUCGCCUGGGGGGCGGUGGACGUGGCCGGACUGCACUUCGACGACCCGAUGUCCGCUGCUAAUCUCCAGGUACUCCGUGUGGAUACAAAGAAGCGGAACGGCCACAAGCAGAGCUUGAAUUACGUCUAG